CUUCAAGGCUAGAUCUCUCGGUCUCUAUCGUUCGCUGGGGUGACCUCGAAUCAGCUCGUUGAUAUCCUGACCAUCGUUGUUUCUUCACCUUUUCCCAUUUUCAGCUCGGUCAGACGGCGAGACCAUGGCGGCACCAGACGCAGCCAUCUUCGGUCCCAACGUCGACGACGAGAUUAAUCGGACAUGGAAAGAAGUCGAGGACCGAGUGGUCCAAAUGGCUGGUGGCGAUCGAUCCAAGAUUAAGCAGCUCGGAAUCGACAACGUCCUGCAAUAUCUGGACCAGGCUCAAUCCAGCGACAAGAAAGCGGCCGAAAAAUACGGUGCCAUCAGAAACAUCUUCAAUCGGACCCUUCAGUGCAUUCAAACCGUUGGCGGUAUCGUCGCGGAUGGUGCUUCAUAUGCCUUCGCCCCAGCAGGAACCUGCUACAAUGCCUUGACAUUCGUCAUUCAAGCCUGGCAGGGGUAUGAGGGCAUCUUCGAGAGUCUGGCAUCACUCCUUGAGAAGUGCACCGAAUUCCUUGACCGUUUGAGCUACUACUCUGCGUCUGGAAUGGAUGCCAAGUUGACCAAAGUCGCCUGCCAGCACCUCCACAUCUUCGUCGAGAUUUGCGACCGGUCUCUCAGGCUCAAACUCAAGCGCAACAAAUUCGCCGCUUUCAUGAAGCAAAUGUUCCUCAAUGACGACGGUGUUCAGGACCUUUUGGGCGCCAUGAAGAACUUGGUCGACAAGGAGCGUGGCCUUGUAUCGGCUCAGACUUGGAAGUCUAGCAAUGAGGCUGCCACGAACUCGAGAGACGGUCUGUCAUUGACGCGCAAGGUGCACACCACGAUAGUGGAGGAGAAGAACCAAUUGAGGCAAGAGAAGGAACUGCAGAAGUGGAAACUGGCAAUUGUCAAAGCAAUGGAGUUCGAACCGAAAAUCCUUGAGCCUACCCAGGAGCCGUGGGAAAAGACCUGGAAGAGACACAGAUCAAAGAUUCUCGAGGGCAGUGGUGAAUGGCUCGUGCAAGACUCCCGCUUCCAGGCGUGGGCUACCGCAAACGACGGUUCCAGCCAAAUUCUUGGCCUCGAGGGCGAGGAUGGGGCGGGUAAAACCCUUCUGGCAUCUAAUGUCGUCCUUCAUCUACGCAAGAUGAAGACGAUUGGGGCUGCCGGUUCCCGAGCGGUUGUUGCCCACAAUUUCGUGGAAAAUGACUCCAAAUCAUCUGCCAAUCCCGACUCUGCAGUGGCUAUUUCAAGAAACCUCAUGUGCCAGCUUGCUCUUGGCGAUGAGCCCUUCUUGAAGAGCGUUGCUACAAUCUGCGAAAAGUCACAGUACUUUGAUAGUCCUCAAGACAUGUGGAGUCAGUUGCUCCUACAGAACGAGGACAUCGCCAACAUUGAUGUCACCUUCUUCCUCAUCCUUGAUGGGCUUGGCAGCAACAUCGAUGCAUUUACCCACAUCCUGCAGAACUUCUCAGACAAUGCACUGAUCCAGCGGACUCGUAUCCUACUCACGGGAAACCGAGAGAUGUUCGAUAGCAUCGAGAGAGCGGGAGGCUUGAAAGUAGAGAAGAUUGAACUGGGAGAGCCGAACAAGCAGGAUGUCGAACUGUACAUCAACAGCCGCAUGGAACAGAUGGAGAUUCUGAAAGACACGACACGGCCCGGGGUGUCAGAGAUGAGAGAAAAGAUCCUGGCCGUCCUUCAAGAAUCCACUGGGGGCGACUACUACAAAAUCGGCCGAGUCCUUGACAACAUCGCGAAGACAGACGACGUGGAGGAGAUCAACACAUAUCUCCAAGGCGCAGGCGAUGCGCGCCUCGACCAGAUCGAGGCUGAUAUCCAGAAGCUGAAUGAAACCCGUACUUCAAAAGAGAUCUCGGAGAUGAACGAAAUAAUCCUCUGGAUUUGGGCAGCACCAGUGUGGAUGACCCCUCUGGAAAUGGAAGGGAUCCUCGCGCUCAAAGCCGGCAAUGGGGGCGGCACAUCCCUCAUGUCGAUGGAGUCCAAGAUAAAGACCAAGUACACGAUCUUUAUGACUGAGUAUAACGCUGUCGACUUUAGGGUCAGCGAAAUGUUGGAGGAGAUUCCCCUCAAGACGAAAGAUACCGGCGAUGAGGCGAGCUCGAGUGGGUUGAAGGAGAUUCAGCCUGCAGAGAUCAACAUCAUCAAGCACUACUUGCGGACAGUGUGCCCCGAAGACCUCUACGCCAAAUUUGGGUUUGAGGAGUUUUUUGAUCUCAAGAUGCGGCGCAAGGGCAAUUACAUUCACCGAGAUCCCGACAACGGUCAUAUUACCAUCGUUUUGAGAUGCCUGACCUGUCUGGCGGAGGAACGAAAUGACAAGACGGAAGUGUUGAAAGAUCAUGCAAUUACGCAUCUUCUGUACCACUUGGACACGACUGACCUCUCCUUGGCCGAUCGUUCUCUCAAGGCCGAGGCUGGUGCUAUGCUUGUCAGGCUCUUCACCGAGAAGUUUGCCCUGGAUUCAUUCUUCGCAUUCACCACAAACGACCUGCAAACAGAGGAUGUCGAAUUCUCAAGGUUUGAGAUACCUGUUACAUGGAACUCCUGGGUAUUUGCCGACGAGGGCACAACGGCCGUCGCAAAAUGGUUCAAGGAUUCCGCAGUGAUUGAAAAGGUCAAGGACUCGCCCCUGGUUACCGCUUUCAACGCUCCAGGAGCGGAUCAUCACAAAGUUCUUUACGAAUCAGCCGUGAAACUGGUUGCAGAGAAUCUGUUUCAAACGGACACCACGAAGCGAGAAACCUUUCGCGCUUUCGUUUUUCUCCAUGCACUCAUCACAAAGAACGACCGAAAGAACCCUGACGAUGUUGACAAAGUUUUCGAGCCAACGGUUGAAAUGUUUGAGAUGGUCGAAAAUUGGUCCCAGGAGCUGCUUGGGGUCACCGACAAGGACUCGAUCUGGGAAGCCAAGGCUGCCACCCUGCUCGAUUACCUCCCCAGAGACAAGAUCCCCUCAGCGCUUGCCGAGGGUCGAGCCCGAAAGGCCAUGGAGCUUGACCCAACUAACUGGAGAGGUUCUUACACCCUGUCCCGAGUCGUCGAGUCCGGAGAAGAAGCAAUUACUCUCCUCGAGGGCGUGAUUGACCAGCGCAUGGCAGACUCCGAGUGGCUAGAAGACAAGCAGCACAAAGGAAUUCUGGCAAAAAUGAUCCUCGACCUUGGGGACAGAUACUGGGCAAGUGACGAGACUCAAGACAAAGCAAUGGAUGUAUACGCCAAGAUUAUGGAGAUUGACCAGUCUUACUCCAUCAUCAAAUCCUUCUCUCAAGUAUUGAUCAAAUAUGCAUCGAAGGAGAAGUGGGAUGCCGUCGUUGAAUUCCUGGAGGGACUACUCGAGCAGUCAGAGGAUGGCAAAAACAUGGCCGGAUUAUUCGUCGGUGGAGGUAUCGUGCACGAACCCCUGACAUUCUGCCCAUUUCUCAGCAGUCUCGUUAAAUCAGCGAAACGGUGGGACCUUCUCGAAACACUCCUGGCGAAGGCGAAGGAAAUUGACCGUGAAGAGAAGUUUGGCUUCUUGUUUCAGCAAGGAAAGCUUUUGGUCGGGCUCGAGGGCCACGAAGAUGCCGGUACUGCCGUCUGGGAGUCGAUGCCCGCCGCCAUUAACGAGGAGCAGAAGGACUGGGCCACCAGCUACAUAACUUCAUAUCUUCUUGCAACUUGGACUAAAUUGGCCAACGCGAAAGGGAUCACAUCAUCCGAGGCCGAGAGAUACUACAACAAAAUUGAAUCCUGGUACGGGAUGGUUGAAAAACUGGAAAGCUCCAGUUGGUCGGAAAAUGCUCUCGCCUUUGCUCAAUACCUCCGAUUACGAGGUGACCAGGUCCGGGCAAAGAAGGCUCUGAGGAAUUGUGCUAGAGAGUCACUCGAGAUGCUCUAUGAUGACGAUGUCGAGAACGAUAUGAGGUCCUUCUUCGGCCUUAGCAACGUGUUCUCCGCGAUGCGCGAUCACGCCAACAUCAAAGUCGCCUUUGACAUGGUGGGGCAGGUGCAAAAGUUGCAAUAUGCUGAGUACGAGCGGAAACUGGAGGUCUGGAAUAAAUCACAAAAGGUUGCGACGGAAGGCACACCAGACGACGGCGAGGCUGGGCAGCAAACCUCCAACCUUGCAGGCGACGAGAACAACGUCGUCACGAAGGCGGAAGACGAGAAGGGGGAAGAUAAGAAGGGAGAAGACAAGAAGGUGGAAGACGAGAAGGGGGAAGACGAGAAUGCAGCUGACGAGAACGCGGAGAAUAAGAAUGUGGAAGCUGAGGUUGCUGAAGAUGAGACUGAGACUGAGCCCGAGUCCGAGCCUGAGAAGCCGAACAUGGCCAUCGCAUUCUGCGACGGCCCCUGCGACACAUUGUUCGAAUCGCCACACGGUUUCUGGGUCUGCUUGACCGAGAGCGCCAUGACGCACUUGUGUGAUGAUUGCCACAAGAAGCUGUUGGCCGGCGAGUUCGAGCGGCGUGUUUGCGGCAAGGACCACGAGCUCUUCUACCUCGAGCCAGACGACGACGAGACACCGCCGGUUCCCAUGGGUUCCGUGCGUGUUGGGGAUAGGGUCAUCACCCUCGAGGAGUGGAAGGAGGAGAUCAAGGCGCAGUAUGUUGAGUUCGAGGAGGACAAGUAGCCAGGUUAAACUGCGUAAUAACUAACCCCUAUGAUUAUGAGUCUAUCGGACAUCUCGAGAUGUAAUUCGCAUCUGUAAACUACCAACCGAUCGGGAGUUGCGCCCAACUUAGGC